AUGGAACAGCUCAGUGCUUUUCAAAUGACAAUGAUACUAGCAGCCCUUAUAGUGGCUUCACUAAAUUUGGUUAAUGGGCAAAUUAGUACACCCUGCACAACCUCUAUGAUCAGCAGUUUCACUCCAUGCGCCAAUUACAUUACAGGAAGCACUAACAAUGGUUUAAUACCAUCAUCUACGUGUUGUGAUUCAUUAAGGUCUUUGACAAGCACUAGUACGGAUUGUGCUUGCCUGGUAAUAUCAGCCAAUGCUCCAUUUUUCAACCUACCCAUUAACCAAGCUCUUGCCGUCUCCCUUUCACAAGCAUGCAACAUUAAUAAUGGAGUCCCUUUGCAGUGCAAAGCUUCUGCUUCUCCUUUACCAGCUCCGGGCCCAGCAGAUCUUGGAUCAAACGGCCCAAGUCUUCCUCCAUUUUCUGCAUCUCCCGUAAGCCUACAACAAGUUUCAAAAACCAAGGUUGUAGCUGAAGCAUACAAAUUUGAGAAUAUGCAAUUGGCACGGGCACUGGCACCAGCAUCACCACUAGUGGAAGCAGAAGCACCCACUAAAACUCCAAGAAUCCGACCAGUUUUGACUCCAAGUUCUUCGGCAUCUCAUCCAUCUUAUGUUUCCUUGUCACCUUUUGCAUCCAUAGUCAUGGGAAUCAUGGUUUUUGGCAUCUAUUAA